CUUUAAGUUUAAUACAUUGUUUCCAUUCUAUGUUCCGCGAUGCAAAAGAUAAAUUUUAAAGAAGUAAAGAUAAAUAAUGUUAUGAAAAUACAUAGAUUCAAGAUUUCAGUGCGUAAUUUACGGGCCUAUUUAAUAUGAUUACACACUUUCAUAGCUUUAAUGUUAAAAUAAGAUCAAGUUUUAAAGGAAUUGAAAAAGUUAGAAAAAGUUUAGGAACAAUGCUUUAAUUUUAAGUAACUAGAAAAAAAAAUGUAAACAUCAACAAAAAAAGAUUGCUUCACCAGACAAAUGCAGAGAUUGCAAUUUCGUAAACCAAUAGGGUUGGCAACACUGAUCCUUAUCAAGGGAGGUUUUAAUUAGUCUCCGUGUUAUUCUGGAAGGGUGGUGACAGUUGAUUUGGUUUCGAAUUGAUAAUUACUAUAAUGUCGGUGAACUUUAUUGACAGAAUUGAUCUGUUUUCGAAACGGCCUUCGAAGAAAAAGUCUCAGAGUUCUAGGAAGAACAAAAGCAGUGGACAACUGGAGCUGCCAUCUUUGCCUUUGUUAAGUGAAGUUGCCCAAUCAGAACAUGAAGAACUGUUGGUAAGUAAGCUUAAGCUGUGUUGUGUGGUCUUUGAUUUUUCGGAUCCUUUAGUUGAUGUGAAGGGUAAAGAAUCUAAAAGAGCAACUUUGUCGGAGUUGAUAGAUCAUAUUUCAACUGGAAAAGGAGUCCAUACCCAACAAGUGUACCAAGAAAUCUUAAGUAUGGUAUCCUCCAACCUGUUUCGUGUGUUACCGCCAAAAGAGGUUUCCGAUUUCGACCCUGAAGAGGAUGAUCCGAAUUUGGAAUCGUCUUGGCCACAUUUAGAAUUAGUAUAUGAAUUAUUAUUACAAUUUGUGGAAUCGCCUGAUUUUCAAAUAUCGUUGGCGAGAAAUAUUAUAAAUCAUACAUUUGUUUCUAAAUUAUUAGAUCUCUUCGAUAGUGAAGAUCCUCGAGAAAGAGAGUGUCUGAAAACUGUUUUACACCGAAUUUACGGAAAGUUUUUAUGUCUGAGGCAGUUUAUUCGAAAACAAAUUUCGAAUAUAUUUUUGACUUUUAUAUUUGAAACAGAACAAUAUAAUGGAGUGAGCGAAUUAUUAGAAAUAUUAGGAAGCAUUGUAAAUGGCUUUGCCAAACCUUUAAAAACAGAACAUAAACAAUUUCUAGUCAAAAUAUUGGUUCCUCUCCACAAACCGAAGUCUUUGACGAGGUAUCACGGGCAGUUGGCGUACUGCAUUAUUCAAUAUCUUGAAAAAGAUUCUUCUUUGACUGAACCGGUGGUUCGUGGAUUAUUGAAACUAUGGCCCAAAACUUUUAGUCAGAAAGAAGUUAUGUUUUUGAAUGAAAUAGAAGAGGUUCUUGAUGUGAUAGAGUCCGACGAGUUUGCGAAAAUACAGGAGCCUCUAUUCAAGCAGUUGGCGAAGUGUAUGGCAAGUCAGCAAUUCCAAAUAGCGGAACGAGUUUUGUACUUCUGGAACAAUGAAUGCGUCAUUUCGUUGAUGGAAGCAAAUGCCUCCGUGAUUCUGCCGAUUGUAGUUCCUACGUUGCUCAAAAUUUCAAAAGAACAUUGGAAUCCGAUGGUCGUUAAUUUGUCAUAUAAUGCUUUAAAAUUAUGCAUGGAUAUGAAUAGAAAACUAUUCGAGGAAUUAUCUUCUGUAACUAGACCUAAAGUGAAGCGCUAAUAUUUCGGAUUAAAACAAACAUUGUACGGGUAUCAACGCCGAUGUUUUUUCUUGAUCUGAUCCUCUCUUGGAGGCUGAAUUUGCGAUUACCAAUGGAUUUUUGUUUCUACAAACAUUGGUUAUUUAACUUUUAAAUUCUGAGUUUAAAAUUAUAAUCAAAUGAAGAACGUGUAAUGAGAGCUGGUUGAUGGUGUUCCCACCCUGGAAUGAGCUUUCUUGUUGGCUUAAUGAAUUAGUGGUUAGUUUAAAUGUACCCUAGGUUUGUGUAAAUAAAUUUACCUAAUAAUUGUUAGUACAAUGUUUUAUCUGUUGAUAGGAAGACUUUUUAUUUUUGUAUCAAUACCUGUAUAUACAUAAAUCGUUUUGGUUGGACAAUGGCUGAUUGUCAUUCCUUAUUUCACAUGUUUCUUGUUUUGUGAUAUUUUUUAAUAAAUGUUUUAGUAAGAUGAA